AUGGCGUUGUCAUGGAGCAACCAACCACCUCAAUCGCGGGUUCCGUAUGCGAUUCCCCAGCUUGAAGGGGAACGCAUCACCAUCCCAGGCAGCAAAGGCGUCUUUCGCAUUCUCGCAUCGUCAAAGCAGACAAAUGGGCUAAUGGCGGUUUUCCAAAGUGGUGCUGUGCUCUCCGAUGCACCGGGAUUUCACUAUCAUAACCACGCGCAUGACGUCUUUCUUGUUACGAAGGGAUAUUUGAAGUUGUGGAAUGGCGAUAAGUGUCGGAUUAUGGGACCGGGGGAUUUUGCUUAUGUGCCUCCGACGGUAAUUCAUAACCCAGAAAUGCUUGGUCCGCAUACGGAGAUCUUUGGCUUGAUUACUCCAGGCGAUUGGGUGGACUUCUUCCGCUACGUGUCAGAACCGUUUGAGGGACUCCUUGUCCCUGAGAAUGAUGUCCGUGACUUGAAGUCCCUAUUGAUCCCUAAAAUUAUGGCCGCGAAGGAACAAUUCGAUGUCGUGUUUCAGCCCAACUAUCAACCGCCCGAGGUGGGCGAUUGGACUGAAGAAGAUGAGAAGUUACCAGGUAGUCCACAGGCGUUUUACCUGCGAGCCAAUAGUGGGCCACGGUGGAUGUUUGGUGGUAUCAUGUCGCGGCCAUUUAUUACUACUGCUCAGAGUAGUGACGUUUGCGCGAUUUCUAGCAUCGAGUCGUCACAGACUUAUGGCUCGACACUGUUCUCGAAAUAUAUGACAUUCGGGUCGGUGGACCAUUGUUUGUGUGUUCAGGAGGGAACGUUGGUUGUCCGUCUUAAAGGAGCCCCUGAUGCUGUGUUCCGGGAAGGUGAAACGGUCGUGAUCCCAGCAGGCCAGGCUUUCGCUCUAGAUUUUGCCAGCCGAUAUGUUCGGGUCUGGUCAUUCACCGAUGGCAAUGGCAUCGAGGCACUGAUCCACCGUUUAGGAACUCCAUUCGCAGGCGUUGUUUUACCCGAUCAAGUACCGGCAUGGGAUUCGGCAAGUGUAGAAUCCGCGACAGCAGACUUCAACCGCCCGACUUCAUCGUCGCCUCUGCGCCGUCCUGCAGCUACGGCUAGAGAUGACGCCGUUCAACCGAAGGCGAAACGACCACGCGCAGCGCAGGCUUGUGAUCGGUGUCGGGCGAAGAAGUAUAAAUGUGACGAAUCAUAUCCUUGUUCGCAUUGUAAGAGUGACUAUGUUUCCGAUUUGGAGAAACGGGUAGAAGAGCUGUCGUCCAGGCUGCGGACGCUGGAGUCGAGUGGUGCGUCGCAACCUUCGCCACAUCCUUCCCGGUUAGCAACAGUUCCGGGAGACAGGGCAGUAACACAGCCCAUUACUACUGCGACACCAUGUUCAUUAUCACAACAUGAAUCAACGCCUAAGGAAGACGCCGCCGUGUCCGGGGACAAUCGAGACGGGUCUGCAGAUAGCACCGAAGAAGAGAUCAGCGAGUUUAAUCACCACACCAACGGGAUAGAGUUUCACGGCAGUACAUCCUCUGCUGCUUUUAUAGGACACCUUGAGAAAGCGCGAGAGCCGAAACGGCCAGAAGAGUUGUCCAAUCUGCGCCCACCGGACGGCUCAUAUUCUUUGAUUUCAACAUUGCAUAAUUCUAGUUUCUCACCAUCAUGUGCAACCGGACCUGUACAGCCCGAGUUCCUCCAAAAUCAGAAUUUCUACUUUGAUCAGGCCCAUGCUUUCAUGAAUGGCUAUUUUGAGAACAUCCACUUCAUCCACCCGUUCAUUGACAAAGAUGACUUUAUGACUCGCGCGCAUGAUUUGUGGCUCAAUCGGAAUCAUCAACAGUCACUUAGUUUUGUCGCGCUAUAUCUCAGUGUUCUCUCGUUUGGGGCGUUAGUCCGAGUAUGGGAUGAAGAGAUCCUGAACGGACUGACGCGCUUUGACUGGAGUCGGAAGUUAUUUCGUGAGGCGCAGAUGUAUUUGAACUAUUUACAAUUUUCGAAUGAUCUGGAGACGGUGCAGUGUCUUUAUCUUAUGGCCAAAGUAUGCCAGAAUGAGCUGAAUCCGAAUUUGGCGUAUAUGUACCUUGGGCUUGCUAUACGGACAUGUUUAUCUGCUGGGUUUAAUCGUGAAGUGCGGAACCCAAAGGAUCAACGGGAAAGUUGGAUCUCGAAGACGUGGUGGGGCCUCUUUUCUCUUGAAAUCGAGAUGAGUUUCUCGGUAGGCCGCCCAGAUACUCUCGGUAUGGACGAAUACCACAACCGCUCUCUCCCAGAACGCGAUGAUUCCGAGUAUGCCAUCAUACCAUGGAUGGUCGACUUUGCGCAGAUCAUCCGGAAAGUUUCCGUGCAAAUAUACCAUUCGCGCUUCACCCUGCAAGACAAACUGCAGCUUGCUCUCCAAAUCGAACAAGAAAUGGACAAAUGGGUAGCUAGGCUGCCUCCAAGAAUUAAGCCUGACCUCGCAAGGCAACCAGCGUCUGGGGGUGCGCUUCGUGAUCCGAAGUGGGCGAGAAGACAACGGUUGGUUUUGGGAAUUCGCUACUACAACGUUAAAAUGCUACUAUUCCGUCCAUUCCUGAGCCACUUUACACGCAAAUUAAGACAUACCCCAGCCGAAUUAGAGCAAACAAUAAACAAAUGCCUAGACGCCGCCAUGAAAACCAUCGAAGUCAUCCACGACAUCUACCGCAUCCACACAUUCUUCCGCUGCUGGUGGUACAACACAACUUAUGUAAUGUUCGCCACAACAACCCUCCUCCUCCCCAUGUCCAAACUAGGCAUGUGCCCACAAACCCUCCCUUUAGCAAGCUCAGUCGAAAUGGCAGUCGAGAUCCUAGAAGCCAUGGACGAAUCUGUCGUCGCGCGGAAAUCAGUCGAGAUCAUCGUGCAGUAUUUGAAAGACUUCAGGGCUCCGAAUAAUAGUACCAAUGGUACACAGGUGGUUACUACGCCGUCUCAUGGGGAUGCUGACCCGGCGGCUUCUGUAUGGUCAGGAACGGGGACGGGGACGGAGCAGGGGACUGGUCAGGCUGGGAUUGGGAUUGACAUUCCGGAAUGGGCGUAUGGGUUCGGGUUUCCUGAUUAUUCGUUUGAUGGGAUUGCGCGGUUGUUUGAUGAUUUGGGUGGGCUUCCUAUGUUGGAUAAUUAA